UCUGCGUCCCUUAUUGGCAAGGCCGACCGCAUAAUUAUAAUAAGACGAGAUAUGGGAGGUUCAGCAGCAGAUGACGAGCUCCCGCGGCAAAGGAUGUAAAUUCGUCUUGGCCAUAGUCGACAUUGUACAAAAUUCGUGUAGCGUUGGUAAGAAACUUAACAAUGCCUAGCGGGACGAAGGUGAAGUCUCUUGGGUUCGCUGCUUGCUUUCAUCGAGUACGUAUGACCAUCAAGAUAAUCAAUGAUUCAGGCGACACUGCACCGCAUCCUGUGACUAGCAAUUUUCGAUCAUCGACCGAUAGCUUCCCGUCAAUAAUUGAUUAUUUAGAUUUGCGGCCUGGCUUGAGUGCGUAUUGAGUUUUCACAUUGAGUAAUGUUUGCUCGCUCUGCAAUAGAUUAAUGGGCUCAGUGCUGUACGCAGUUGCUAGAGGUGAGUACACCGCAACGUCGAGUGGCUAGAGGCUGUGAGUGGCAUGAGGCGGAAAUACGGCUGUAUUACUCGGUGAGUAUAGGAGUAAUCAAUGAAGAAAGGCGUUAGGCUGCUAUGCCUGUCGACGAGAAACAUCUCGUAGUCGCGUUUGCUUCGAUAAUAUUU